GUUCAUUGAACUCAUAUUGCAGAUCUAUUCAUAAUUACGGGUCGAUGUCAUGGUAUGUACCAGCUGGACAGGUGACCACUGGCACUAUCCCUCAUGUAUAACGGCGUUCCGGCUCGGAAAUUUCACACCUCAACACUUUUGAUAACUGUGAUCAACCGUCAUCGCUUGGUUAUCGUUCCGCACACAGUUACAGGACCUCAUGGAUCUUGGAUUGAAAGGAGUGCAUGUCCUUGUUACAGGGGCAAGCGGCGGCAUCGGACUUGAGACUGUGAAAUUGUUUUGUGCUCUGGGUGCGAAUGUAACCGCACAUUAUAACUCGCAAUUUGGUCCGAUCCAGGAACUUCUGGCGUCGAAUAUCAAUAUUCAACAUGUCCAGGCGAAUCUGUCUCAAGAGGAGGCCGUGGUGGCCAUGUUCGAGUCACUGUCUACCAUGCCUUAUGGCCCAGUACAAGUAGCUGUUGUCAAUCACGCUAUAUCUCACAGUUUAGAUGUGCCCAUUGCCAGGAUGACACUGGAUCAAUGGAACAUCACGAUGACGAUGAACUUGACGUCCUCGUUCCUAGUGUGUAGGGAGUAUUUGAAACAUCUAGAAAGGGCUUCCUCGGGUAUCAAGGAAAAUGCAAUGAUUGUACUUAUCGGGAGUACUGCUGGAAAGUAUGGUGAAGCCAACCACGGUGACUACGCUGCAACGAAGAGUGCAAUGAUGUAUGGUCUGAACCUUACGUUGAAGAAUGAAAUCGUAAAGAUAGCCCCAAAAGGCAGAGUCAACUGUGUUGCACCUGGCUGGGUCAAGACACGCAUGGCUGAAGAAGCCUUGAAAGAUCCUCAAACGGUGUGUCGCAUAUUGGCUACGAGCCCGCUUAAGAAGGUGGCCAUGCCGAUGGACGUCGCAACACAGAUUGUGGUCCUUGCGUCGUCUACUCUUUCUGGUCACGUCACUGGUCAAGUAGUGAUGGUUGAGGGUGGAAUGGAAGGGAGACUGCUAAACAGGCCGGAAGAUUUGCAGGGAUCUCAAGCCCUUGGGGGGGGAAUAAUAUAAGUAAACGCCUUUCGUUUCUCAGCAGUACGUAAGUACUUGCUGUGCUCCUAUGUAGCGCCGCUUUGUAAGCAAUUGCAGGUCCGAAGUGGCGGACCGG